UAAAAAUCGUGAAAAAUGACUUCAAAAUCAGAAGUAAUACUCAGGAUUCUGUCUAGUUUUGACACUAGUAAACUAAAAGCAGACAGAACGUCAAACAUCGAAAGUUUAUUGAGUAUCAUUGAUCGUCGAGAAGCAAGAGAUGAACUCACGCAGAAUUCGAUUUCAAAAGACCACGAUAAAAAUAUUGUCUUAACAUGGCACAGUUUAUUUAUAAAAUGUCAUGAGUUAAUUAUAUCGUUAACGAAACGAUCACCCAGCACAAACGCUGAUAAAGUACAAACGUCAUGCAGUCUCCUAAUUUCUGAUAUUGUCCGCUAUGCCAGUACCCCAUCAGCAGUUUACUUACACACUUUUGAUUUCGUAGCUUGUAUUGUUCAAGUACUGGAAAAUGAAAACUGUAAACACUUCCACGAUACGUAUUUGCAGUUGGCAGAUCUGGUACUCACGAGCCGACUUUACAGAGUUUCGUUGUCUCUUGAUGAUUGGCGAAAGUUUUUUAAGAUUUUUAUUAAAAUGUAUGAUUUACCACACAUUAAUAAGAGUAACAUCUUGAUAAGUUUGCAGCAUACAGUUCAAUUUGGAUGUUUACAGUCUAACUUAGCUCACUAUAUUAAAAAAAAAAUAUUCACGUUUUUUCUCAAAGUAUUAAGUGACGUUGAAAAAAAUCCAGCUUUUCUUCAAAAGUAUGCUUACAAAUUAUUUAAUACAGUAUUUGAAGAAAUUGGAACUGAAAGUCGUAAAGCAUUAUGUAAAUUCAGCGAAGAAAUAACCAACCGUAUGCUCAAUAAUCAAUUAAGUGAAGAAAACUGUAAAGUUAUUUUAUUAUUCAUCACAUUCCAUCAUCCCAACGGCGCGAUAUCAAGUGAUUCCGCUGCUUACGCCUACAAUUUACCCGAAUGGAAAAGUAUCAUGAUAAAUAUUUACAACUGCGUGAUACAAAAUAUCAAGAACUGCAUGAUAAUUCCCAGCUUCAGCGCAUUGGCGAGUGAAAUUUUUUAUCAGGUGAUGAUGGAUCAUUCUUUUUAUCAAGAAGAAUCAAAUCCCAGCGACAACGAAUCCUUGAGACGUGUGAAGAGAAGACGUUUGUCAAUCGUAAAAAAACCAAUCGAUCUAUUUAAUAUUGAAUCUAUUAAUAAUGACAUUGAAAACAAGUGGCACAUCGUCGAAAUAAUUAUUGCGAUGGUCAGAAAGUAUCCAGCCUCUAUAUCUAACCUCGACGAUUUUAUUUCGCUGAUGGAAACAGUGAGCGAAUUAUUUUCAGAAGCAUUAAAGAAUGAAAAGAUAAUAAACAGUUUAUGCGAGCUCUGUAAAAUUUUAUUGAUGACAGAGAACUUGACAUCCGAUGACACGAAAUUUAUUGAAGCGACUAAAAAAUACUGGGAAAAAAUAUGGCACACGUUGUUGAAAAUACUGAGUUUAGGGCAAAACGAAUCAGAAGGACACGAAUUAUUGCAGCUUAUUAUGGUUUAUGUCGGAGUCAUCAACGUUAAUGAAUUUCUGUGCCUCUAUAUCACUAAUGAGAUCCGCUGGACCCCGUCUUCCGUCUGUACUUUGGAUAUUUUUUCACAGAAUGCCAAAAUACCAGAGUACAUUGGCGAGUUGCUGUCGCGAAAUGGAGAUCCUGUUAAAAUGCGCGUACUGCAAUGGAUACUAAAAUUUUCAUCGACCAAAACAAUGACAGCUGCUACAGUGACAGCUGUCAAUAAUGUCAUCACUAAUUUGAUACUCAAAAUGUGGUACAAAAAAAAUUCUAAAAUUUUUUUGAGUAAAAAGCGGCUACUCAACGACAUGUUUUUGAUUGACAGUCAGUCAAAAUUUAUAAAUGACAUUACGAAGUGUCAUUUGUCAGCAGCAUUCGAGAUCGAUUUAUUUACUGUACAGUCUCCUGAUUUAAAUUUAAAUUCUAGUAAGAAAAUUAUCAAGCCGCCGUUUUCUGAAGAAAUUUUGAGUGUCGUUAUCGAAAAAUUGGAGGAGUUGAUAGAUUUUACUGAUGAAACUUCAAAAAAUGUCAACAAUGUAAUUUUAAAUUUAGCUAUUGUCGCUAAAUUUACGUCAAAUUUAUUAGAACUGAAUGAAAACAAAACAAAUAAAUUAAUUGAAAGCUUAUUAACUUCACUUAGACAAUCUUUCAAUGGAGUUUAUAAUUUUAUACUCGCUGGAAAUUUACUGGAACGUGAAAACCAAGAUGACAUACAUUUAAUAAAAGCCCUGAUGACGCUCUACGAAACUCCGUACCACAAAAUCGUGGGGAAACUGAUUGUCGAUGAAUGUCUGUCAAAUAUUUUACUACAAUUAUUGCACAUCCUCGUGGAAAAUACUAACGAACCAGAAGGACUAGACAAACUUGGAAUUAAAUACUACGAAAAUAUUUUUGAAUUACAAGACUACGUCAUGAAAUCACAGAAAGACCGCAAAUCUUUCAAUUUUAAAAUUACCGUUGACAUAAACGACACGACAACAAUAGCAGCCCACAGAACUGCCACCUUAUUUACCUGCAUCGAUUCAGACGAGAAAAUUUCCGAAAUUCAAUCAAAGGUUUUGAAAAAUCUACUGAAAGUUGAAAUUUACGCGCCGACAGUCAUCGGUAAUUUAUGGCAAAGUCUUGUAUUUUUGAAGCGACUCAUAGAAUGCAGAAAAGGUUUUUACUCUGAUGAAUCACUCAAUGAUUUGACGACAUUCGUAAAUAAAUUAUUUCAUAAAUGGCAGCAUGAUGGGAAUGCCGUGAAAAAUAUUCUAGAAUUAUUGCCGUUUAUUUACGAGCACGCACUGGAUGCUGAUAAAAGCCAACAGAAUAUCACUGAUGUGAUUAUUUUUACUCACAAUGAGCUGAAUCAUAUAUUUGGGCCUUCAGUAUGUCUGAGUUUCCUUGAUUGUUUGAGCAAAAUAAUCAAAUUUAUUCCUCAAGACAAUUUACUGCUGGUCGACUCACAUCAGCAAACUUCAUGUGCUGCUGAAAUGGUUGACAUUUAUCUCAGAAGUUCUUUUUAUGUUGUCCGGCUCGAAGCCAUAAAAAUAAUUAAUUUUAUUUUUUCAUCACCGGAAGUUGAUUUAUCUAUAAAAAAAAAAUUGUUUGCAAAUGUCGCUGCUAUUCAGCACGAAAUAUUUACGAUAGAUGCUGGUACUGUUGAUGUAAUGAUUCAAGACGAAUUUACCAAUAGAACAACAACUGCAUUGUAUACAUUUGGAUGUAUAUUACAUGGGAGUGCUUUACAUCAAAACCAGGCGUUGAAUUCCAUCUUACGGCUCUAUGGUGACGUGAAAAUACCAAUCGAUUCAAUAAAUAAAAUUCUUAAGAUAGUAAUCAAGAAUGAUCAUGACCGCAUCAAAUUAAUUGAGAUGAAUCUCUAUUAUUUGGUGACAAAGUGGCUCAAGGAAAAACAUUCACUCAAAUUUCCUUGGAUGUUAACGCAAUCGACGUCAGAAAUUGAUUUCUACAAACGUUAUAUGAGAAUAUUUAUUCUUAUUAAAUUAGAAGAGCAAAAUCUGACAGAUAUCGAAACUUCAUGUCAAGCAAUCGAUUACUCAUUUUCUCAUGCCAUUGAAAAUAAUUUUCCGUCAUUAAUUAUGUGGUUACUCGCGCGCUCGAUUUCAGACGAUGAUAAUUUUGAGUAUGCUAGAGAAAUAUUCAAAAAGUUGACUAAUAAUGAAAAUGAAUUUGAAAAUAUUAGAAAAUUUUCAGAGUUGAUUGAGGAAAAAUGUUUCGAUAUUUUGAUAGAUUUGAUGGAGAGACUUCAUGACGAAAGAGAUUUCAGCAAAAUGUUUGACGGCAUUGCAGUACGUUUUCCAAAAUAUAAUUUGCCAAAUUUUGAUCAUGAUAUUUUGGAAAAAUGUUUUCAGAAAAUUGAAAAAUCAUUUCCUUUAUUUGGCAACAGUUUGGUUUAUUAUUUAGCUUCGAAAAAAUCAAAUAUACUGCAAAAAAUUUUAUUGCGCCUCUCGAAUAAUAUAUUUGAGUUUAAUAUGAUCGAAUAUAAACUAAAAGCGUUUCAUCAGUACGCGUAUUUUUGUAACUAUUUGGUAAAAAAAAUUUCAAAUGCAUUUUUCGGUGACGUCGCUAUUUUUUUUUUAAGAGACGUCUGCUGCACAUUAAUGAAUUUAAUCAAAGAAGAAAUAAAUCCGCUGUCUGAAAUAAGCGGGAAAUUUUUGUAUAUAUUUUUGAAUAAAAUUCUUCCAUUGAGAUCCACAGAAAUUAGCAAACUAUUGAAUUUUAUCGUCACUAAUUUAACUUCCAUCAUUCAGCAGUCGGAUAAAAAAAAUGAAAUGGGAUUUAAAAUAUUGCGGUUUCUGACAAUUGAUUCAAAUGAAAUACUAAAGGAAGCAAUUAAUAAAUUAGAUGACUUUCCAAGUCAUCCAUCUUUCGAUGAGUUACGACUUAUCAAUAAUUCUUUCAACAAUUCAACAGAUAAAACUUCUAAUCUGCGUAGUAAAAUAGAAACAUUUUUAGAGUCAAAGUAUGAAAAAACGGCAACUCAAAGCUCCAAAGGUUUGCUGAAUUUAAAAGAAGAACUCGCGCAAAAUAAAACAGAGUUACUUGAAAUGUACAAAGAAUUAGAAAAACUACGAGGCUUCGCUGAAGACAGCAACUCCAGUAUAAUUCACCGGCUUAUUUAUAAGCUUAUAAAGUUAACAGAAAAUAAAAACGUAAAUAUAUCACUAGACGUUGCCAAGUGUCUCGGGGAAUUAGGGCCGACUGAUUUGACGACAAUGAUUUUGCAUCCAGAAGAUGACAAAAAAAAGGAAAACGGUGAUCCUGCUGAAUUAUUAACUUAUCAAAUAAUUAACCGACUAGUAGAAUUUAUAGUCGACAGAAAUAUUAAUUUACGUACGUCAAGUGCUGAUGCUCUGUACGCAGUUUGUUCAUCUCAUUGGGGCCACAAAAUACUGAAGAAAAAUUAUCUAAAAAAUUUGAAUAAUUUAUCAGAACCCUUGUUGCUGUCCUUCACCCAACCCUUUUUAGCAAACAGUAAAAUCGACACUAGUCCAGUGAGGUUAAAUAUCGAAAACUCCAAAAAAUAUAUCGACCCACAAAACAAUAUUUGGAAAAGCGACGAAAUAAAUUCAUAUACAAAAUGGCUCACUAAUAUAACCUGCUGUAUAUUGAGUUGUUUCAAAAAUUUUUACUCAACGAUUUUGAUACCCGUGUGCGAAUUAAGCACCGAGUUUUGCGAAAUUAUCUUACCCCGGCUUAUUUAUCUCAUCAUCUACACGGACUAUGACUUUGCCGAUGACAUCUACGAGUGCAUAAAUACUUUUUUCAAAGAAUACUACGAUUCUUAUAAUAAUUUAGAGGAAACUACAGCAACUAAUGACAAUUACUCAGCUAAAAAAAUAGAUUCCUUCAGUCAUCAGUCUGUCAGAUGUAUGUUGAAUGUCGUCAACUUCAUAAGGAUUCAAUCAGACAAUAAUUUUAUUUUGAAACUCAAUUACUUGCACAUCGCAAAAGCUGCGCAGUAUUGCUCUGCCUACUUUACAUCAGUACUCUACGCAGAAUUGUACUGUGAAACAUUCAAAAGAGAAACUACUGAGUCAAUUGACAAUAUUUCUACUAUCGAUUUCAUCUGCGAGAAAAAUAAUACCGAUGGUAAAUCUUUGCAAAAUAUUCUGAGAAAAGCGUUCGUGGAAAUCGGAGACCCAGACUCCAUUCACGGUUGCGGGCUGUCUCAUUUAAAAAAUUCGUCAUCUCGGACCCAACAUUACAUACAUUUGCAACAGUGGGACAAAGUCAUGAUAACACAAGAUGCUGAGUUAAGUAUCGGGCAUAAAUUUUCCAGUGGUAUGGCAAACGCACUCCGUCAUUCAGGGUUCGAUUACUUAUUGAAUCGAUUUAUCAGCGAUAAAAAUAUUGAUAAUUUAACGGAGUUCCAAUACGAAACCGCUUGGCGAUUAGCUGACUGGAAUUUCUCGUUACCCGAGCAAAAUUUUAUAACCGAUGAUGAUUUAUUGAAAUCGUGUUCUAAUGACGAUGACAAUUACUACAGUUAUCAUUACCAAGCACUAAAAUGUCUGCAUGCAAACGACAGUGUGACUAUGAAAAAUUAUAUCGAUGUUGCGCGCAUGAGUAUCGUAAAAUCACUUCGGAAUUCAAGUUUAGAGUGCAGCCAAACAGUUUAUCCAAAGUUAGUACGGCUUCAGAUGCUACUGGAACUGGAAAAGUUAUCAAUGACAACUCCGGAAAAUUUUAGGAAAUUAAUAAAUAAUUGGAGUGAAGAAUAUUUGCCAAAUUUGAAUGAGUUUACUUACGUCGAGCCGAUUUUAGCCCAGAGAAUUGCGAUGUGUAAAAUAAAAUAUUUAUCAAGUGGCAAUGAAGUAAUGAAAGAUGCGCUGAUAAACACGUCCUUGGAGUUAUCAAAAUUAGCGGAAAUUCAAGGGCGCCCGCAUAUCGCGGCUCGGUUACUGAUAACUUUAUCCAAUGAAACAAAUUUGUCUGACGAAAUUAAAAAUCAAUUGCAGUAUCGCGAUGCGCUUCUAAGUUGGAUUCAAAAUGAUCGAGAUAUCGCGCGAUAUAUGAUGCGCGAUUUGUUAAAUAAAAAUACAUUGAACCUAAGUUUGAAUGCGCAAGCACUGAGAGUCUAUGGAAACUGGAUGGCUGAGACAAAGUCGGAAAAUCCUCAGGCUGUAAUCGAUAAUUAUUACAAAGAAUCGAUUAAAGUAACGAUGAGCAUUAGAAAUAAAUCAUCUGAGGACAAUAAUAAUUUGAAUAAUUCGUACGCCGCAUUGGCGCAGUUCGCAGAUGCGCAGUAUCAGCAAAUAAAUUCAUUUAUGAAGACCCCGCAGUUUGAAAGUUUGAAAGAGUGUGCGAAAUAUUCGAAGCGAACAGAUAAUUUGAGACCAAAUUCUAAAGACACCGAUGUAAAUCGCGCGAUUUCGACUUUGAAAAAACAAACCACGAUAGAUAUCGCUGAGUAUAUAAAUAUACAGAAUGAAAGGCAAAUGUAUUUAAAAUUAACUACGAAGUAUUAUUUGAAAACACUAGAGACCGGGGAAAAUCAUAAUUUUUUUAUAUUCCGUCUUAUUUCCUUAUGGUUAAAAAAUAAAGACAAUGAUGAAUUAAAUGAAAUCCUCGAUAACUAUUUGGACAACAUUCCGUCAUUUAAAUUUAUUCCACUUAUACCGCAACUUGCGCCUCAUUUAAACAAUAAAAUAAAAAGUAAAUUCACUAAAAAAAUUUAUGAUCUGCUAAAAAGAUGCGCUAAAGAACAUCCUCAUCACACAUUGCCGACAUUGUUUGCAUUAAUGAACACACGGAAAGAUUACGAUUACUAUAAACCAGCGAGUAAAGUCAUACCGGAGCCAAAUGACCGUGAGCUUGGGGCCCAGAUGCUGAUAGCAGAGCUGAGUAAUGAUGAAAAGUUGUCCCAGAUAAUAUAUGAGAUGAAAAAUUUAGCUCAGGCUUUAAUAAUGUUGGCUUAUUUGCAAUUCAGUGGACAGACGACUUCGAACGCGAUACCGAGAGGUCAGAAAAUUUUGAAUGUCAAAAAUUAUAAGCACAGUAUUGUGCCAACGAUUGCACUGGAUGUGAGUCCAGGUGGGACUUACGAUGACAUUGUCAGUGUUUACAAGUAUGAGGACAGUUUUAAAGGCGUUGGUGGAGUGAAUGCUCCAAAACAAAUUGAUUGCAUUGGCACUGAUGGUGUGAAGAGAAAGCAAUUAGUCAAAGGUAAAGACGAUUUAAGACAAGAUGCUGUGAUGCAACAAGUUUUCACGGUGAUGAAUAUGCUUUUGAAGACGAGCAAAGAAGCUAAGCGCCGUAAAUUGAAUGUGCGCACAUACAAAAUAAUUCCUUUGUCACAAAGAUCUGGGGUUUUGGAAUGGUGCGAUAAUACGCAGCCUAUUAUGGCUAUUCUUAGUGGCACACAGAAUCCUAAAAUUGUUGGAAUGCAUGAAAAGUAUCAUCCUAAUGACUGGAAAAUAAUGGAAUGCAGAAAUAAAAUGAAGUGUGCUGGUCCUAGUGGAAAUAAUGUCAAGUUACAAACUUAUCUGGAAUGUUGCAAACAUCUUAAACCAGCUUUUCAAUACUUUUUCAUGGAAAAAUUUCCGUCACCGGAAACAUGGUUUGAGAGACGGCUGGCUUAUGUACGAAGUGUUGCUACAACUUCGAUGGUUGGAUAUAUUCUGGGUCUUGGAGACAGACAUUUCAGUAAUAUUUUGAUUGAUACCAAGACUGCUGAAGUUGUACACAUUGAUUUUGGAAUAGCAUUCGAACAAGGUAAAGUUUUACCUGUACCAGAAACUGUACCCUUUAGAUUGACACGUGAUAUGGAAGCAGCAAUGGGAGUUUCAGGUGUCGAAGGAGUCAUGCGUAAAAGUAGCGAGGAAACAAUGUCAGUAUUACGUAAUCGAAAAGACAUAAUAAUAACACUUUUGCAAGUUCUUCUUUACGAUCCUCUGUUUUCCUGGGAAAUAACACCUGCUAAAGCAUGGGAGUUACAAAGCGAUAGUCCUGGACAUAUCAGUGAAGAUCAUCAUUUUGGUGAUGGCAAGCUCAAUAAAAUGGCAGAAAGAGCGUUAUUGAGAAUAGAACAGAAACUUUUGGGAACAGAAGAAGGACUGGCUACUAGUAUAUCAGGCCAAGUUGAGAGACUUAUUCAAGAAGCUCGUGAUCCUGUUAAUCUUUCCCGUCUCUUUUGUGGUUGGCAGGCAUUUUUAUAAUUUUAUUUUUCUUAUGUUGAAACUUAUCAAUUACAUAUGUAAUCAAAAUGAAGCUUUACUCAUUUAAAUUAUCAUCAAUUAACUUCGCUAUAUUUAUUUAUUUACUUAUUAGUGAAAACUAAUUAGUACUCUUAUAUGUGAUGAUUUAUAUUAUUAUGGUGGGCAACUACGAUUUUUCUUGUGUUUUAGACAUUUUUUUACUCUACUAAGAAAUAAAUGUUGAGCAUUUAUAUCAUUGUUUUAUGAAGAUUACACUUUUGUUUACUUUGAUAUCUUUAAAAUUAAGAAAUAUAAAUAUUUGGAUUUUUUUUCUUUAUGUAAGAGAUUUAUACGAGUCUUAAAACAAAGUGUAACGUCUAAAGAGUCGCAGAAAUUUCUGAUGUUGAAACAAUUCUAUAAUUAUAUUUUUUGUAAGUUUAUAAACCGUAAUUUUAAUUGUUAUAGAUAUUUUUAAAUUUAUUUUCUAAGCAAAAAUAAUCAAAAUAUAAAUGUAAUUACUUGUUAUACUAAAUAAAAUUUAAUAAUUUUUUA